AUGGUCGUCGAGGCAUUCUUUGCCGUGUCUCCAGACUUACGGCUCAGGAAGCCUAGGGUCGACAAUAGGGUACAAGGCGGUAUAGAAUUUGGUGGCCUGACAUUGGAUGUGGCCCCAGACCAGGCCGGCGUAAAGCAUCCAGUCCUGCGUGUUUCGUCUUCUGUCUUAAGCCGUGGGACGAUUGGCGAGCAGAGCUCAAUCAACGAUGCGCAGACAUGCGGUUCUCCUGUGAUACCAGCAUCAGUGUGGUAUGCUCUUAGUCCCGACCACUGUUACCGAUGGCGCUCUAUGAUCGAAAUCCUUGCUAGGUUCACGAUUGAUUGGCAUAGAAGGCGAGAUGGACCGCCGCCGGGACCGGAGACGAUGAGGGUGUCUGUCUCCGUGUUGGUCCUCCUGCAUGUUUUAGCUUCUGACCUGGGCCAGGGAAUGAUACGACAGGAUCAUCUGGCCGCAUAG